AUGAACGAUAAUAAUAAUAAUAAUAAUAACAUAAAAAUUAUAUUAUGUAUUGAUGGUGGUUCAAUUAGAAAUUUAGUUUCUAUUCAAAUUUUAAAUAAAAUCAAAGACUAUUUAAAAAAAGAUUUAACAGAAGAAAAUGACUUAAUUGCAUCUACUGCUAGUGGGUCAUUUAUUGUACACUCUAAAUCAAAUCAAUACAAUAAAUCAAUUAGUAAUGAAAAGUUAAUUAAACAAUAUGAAUGUAUGUCUAGAAAAGAGCAUUCUAUCAAAUCAAAUGAAUCCCUUUCAGAAAAAUCAACAGUAUUUAAUACACACUCCCAAGUCAGUGUACUAUUACAUAACUCAAUUACAAGUGCCAACUUAUUCAAGCAUAAUUUAGCUCAAUUCUUUGAAAGCAACAAUAUUCCAUUAGUUAUUGCAUCAAAUAUCUCACCAUCUUCAUCACCAACCCACUCACCAAUUAAACAACAACCAUCAUUUUCACCAUCAUUAUCAUCAUCAUCAUCAUCAUCAUUAUCACUAAAUUGUGAACCAACUAAAAAAGGUUUGGUGGUAUGUGUAUGCGAAAAUAAGAAAACAAAAAAAAGGGUUGCUAAAGUAUACACAAAUUAUGAAAAUAAAAGAAGCAUUCAAGUAAAGGGCAAGGUAUUCGAUAUCCAAAGAACAUCUUUGCCAAUAGAUUCAGUAUUCGACCAAUUCCAAGACACCAAUAAUGUAUAUUAUGACAGUGGUACCAUCUACAACACUCCAAUAUGUUUUGCAUACAAUGAAGCUAAAUCCCUAUACCCAAAUAGUAAAUUACUAAUAGUUUCAAUUGGCUCUGGUUACGAUCCUAAAUCAUCAAAGAGUUAUCAAAUCUCAAAUAGAGAAACAAACAAUAAAGUAGAUCAAUAUAUUAGCAGUAUCAAAAACAUCAGUGGUAGUCCAAGCAAUAGUAGUAGGGAUUUUAACAACCUUUAUAAAAACUAUGAAUCAUACAUAAACAAAGAAAACUCAUUUGGAUUAUUUAAUGACUUUAGACAAUUACAACAAGAAAGCGAUUGCUUUGUUUACAGAUUUGAUUGUCCAGUUAAUUUUGAUACUCAAGAAUCAUUUAAUUUCGAAGUGAGAAAUCAAUUUGAUGGCGCCUCCUCCCCAACACCAACCGAAAAUGAAAUCCAUUAUUGUGUAAAUCGUUCAUUUAUAGAUCAACAAUGCCAAAACUCAUUGGAUACAAUCAAAAAAUUAUUGGAAUUAAGAUCCUAA